AUGGCACCCGAGACGAUUGGUCGGCGACCAGGGGUCCAGUGCGUGUCCUUCUCUGGUACCAGCCCGAUCACGAUCCACAAUGGAGCGGUAAGCAUCGACUUGGCAGGAGGUGGUGCUCUUGCUGUUGUACGGGUUCAUAUAGAUCAACUUCCACUUCAAAUCAAGUACAUCGCCGUACUGUGCCGGCGGAGUCCUGAUGGCCAUCCGUUGUCUGAGGCUGCCAAGUCAAUGAAUUAUUACGUCGGUUAUGAAGGAGUAGGCGAGGAGGAGCCUUUGGUCACGGUCGAGGAGGUUCCCUUUUCUGAAAGCGAUGUGGACUGGUUCGUCAUCGGAGUGCUCAUUGUGGACAGAGACGCUGCUGGACAGGUCAUGGCUGUAUAUGCGCGCAAUGUCUGCUCCUUCCCACAAGAAAUGGGGGAGGUCGACACGCAGCUCCAAGGGCUAAUCGAAGACACUUCGGAUGAGGUCGGGCAGAAUGCUCACGGGAGUCACUACGGUGUGCCAGGAAUGGAACUUCCAUUCCUUAUGGAAGGUGGUCUUAGUGAUAUUGUACAGUAG